CAGUUUUUUUUGUUGGUCCAAUUGGAUUACAAUACCCGAACACGUGGAACGGGUUUGACCCGUUGCGGUUUAAAUUUUAGAACCGUCCAGUGAAUAUUCUGACAGCAGUAUUUAAAACAGUGAAACCAUCUAAGCAUUCCGAUUCUUUUGGACUUUAAGAACAUUAGUGAAAACGGAUUGUUUUUUCGAUUGUGGUUUUGUUUUAUAUUUCCGAGAAGAAUAAUCGUAUUGGAACACCGCAGCAUGGAAAAUUCGUUCACUUCCGAUCGGAUCGGGACGGUGCGGCGCGAGACGGCCGCCCUGGUGGCCGUCUUCUCCCCGCUAACGAUGGCCAUGCUGCUGCUGCUGGCGCUUGUGCUCGUGGUGUUUAAGGCGCGCCGGGCCAAGAUGGUGAAGCUGAUCGAUCAAAUACCGGGCCCGGUGUGCAUGCCGCUCGUUGGCAACGGGCUGCAAAUAAACGUCGGCUGCAAGGACGAACUGUUCGAUCGCAUUAUCGCGUCGAGAAAGAUGUUUGGCCGGCGACAGGGCAUCAGCCGCGUGUGGAACGGUCCCAUACCGUACGUGCUCAUUUCCAAAGCUUCUGCGGUCGAGCCCAUACUAAGCAAUCCGAAGCUGGUGGAGAAGAGCAACGACUACGAGUACAUGAAGGCCUGGCUGGGCAAUGGUUUGCUCACCUCGCCCGGCUACAUCUGGCAUCCGCGCCGCAAAUCGCUCACGCCCGCGUUCCACUUCAAGAUACUGUCGGACUUUGUGACGAUCUUUCAGAACCAGGCGGACGUGCUGAUCGACAAGCUGGCGGAGCACACGGUACAAGGGGAACCGUUCAACAUAGUGCCGUACGUGACGCUCUGUGCGCUGGACAUUUUCUGCGAAACUGCCAUGGGAUGUCCGGUGUAUGCGCAAAAGAACUCCAACUCCGAAUACGUCCGUGCACACAAACAAAUCGGCAAGGUGAUACGCAACCGGCUGCAGAAGAUAUGGCUCCAUCCGGACUUUGUCUUCAAGCGCACGAAAGAGUUCCAGAAGCACCAGGAAUGCCUCAAGGUGCUGCACAACUUCUCCGACCGCGUCGUGCGCGAACGGAAGGAGGAGUUGCGCAAGCGCAAGGAACAGCUAGACCAGAACAACAACAACGGCAAUGGAGAGAGCGACUACAGCGUGCUGGAGGAUGGCAUCUACCGCAAGAAGCAGCUCGCUUUUCUGGACCUGCUGCUCGAGGGUUCCGGCCUGUCGGACCUCGCCAUCCGGGAGGAGGUGGAUACGUUCAUCAUCGGCGGCCACGACACGACGGCCGCCGCCAUGGCCUGGAUACUGUACCUGCUGGGCGCUGCGCCCGACAUACAGGAGCGCGUCAUCCAGGAGAUCGACGCGGUGAUGGGCAAGGAUCGGGACCGUCGCCCAACGAUGGCGGAGCUGAACGAGAUGCGCUACCUGGAGUGUUGCAUCAAGGAGGGCCUACGGCUGUACCCCAGCAUACCAGUGAUUGGCCGGCGGCUGACGGAGGACGUGCGGGUCGACAACUACACCAUACCGGCGGGCACGACCGCCAUGAUCGUGGUGUACGAGCUGCACCGCGACACGUCCGUGUUCUCCAACCCGGACAAGUUCAACCCGGACAACUUCCUGCCGGAGAACUGCCACGGGCGCCACCCGUACGCGUACAUCCCGUUCAGUGCCGGGCCGCGGAACUGCAUCGGCCAGAAGUUCGCGAUACUGGAGGAGAAGUCCGUCAUCUCGGCCAUCCUGCGCAAGUACCGCAUCGAGGCGGUGAACCGGCGCGAGGACGUGCAGCUGCUGUGUGAUCUCGUGCUGCGACCAAAGGAUGGGCUGUUAGUGCGGCUGCACAAGCGCGAGUAGCAGGGAGGGGCGUGUGAGCGAUGAACGUUACCAGACAGCAUGUCGCAGCAGUAGCAGUAGCUCUCUCUCUCUCUCUCUCUCUAUUCUUCUCUCGUCGCUCUCAGUACUCAGUAUUACUUAUGCUGCCCAUCGCACGUAGUGCACACGCUUUGAUUUCGGCUCUGGUUGCUGUAACCACCGGAAGGAAGGCAGUACAAAAAUCAGAUUUUAAUGUGUGCUUCGCUCGCUUGCUGCUGUUUCUGUCUCCACUGUGCACUUCCCAGGUUGCUCUGUUACUUCUACGGGCAUUUUACUUUAGACGCUUGUGUUAUACAUGCUCUUGCGGGUUGUAAGAAGCAAUGGUAUAAGUCGCUUUUGUACCAUGCUUGUCCGCCCGCAUGGUUGGCACAUUCGUACGUACUUGCCGCUGGUGGUAUGCGGUGUCUAUAGGGCCGCUCUAUUUCUCUCUAGCCAUAGAGACAGCAAGAUCGAGACGACCAUGCCAGUAUUUUACGACGCGAUGCGGUGGAUACGUGUUCUAGUUAUUGCAGGGUUUGCGAAACAUCGCUGACGGCUCAGGACAAUAAGACUUUAUAAAUGUAGAUUUUACUUUUACUAGUAUAAAUAAAAGUUAUGCGGAAAAUCGGCCUCGGUGUUUUGCAUGUACCAAAGCACAUGACACGACAUAUUAUUUAGUUGUUUCAGGAAUACCAUCUCGUUUAUGACAACUUUUU